UUGAAAGCCUCAAACUGAGACCAUAAAAAACUGGUUUAACCACAAUUGCGGUUUUUCUCUGGUGAAGUCAUUUAGUUUCAAUUUCAAAAGCGGCUAACGGAAUUAUGAUAGACAGCAGCCACUCAAUUAGUCAAUACGCACUGCGAUUAAAAUGCUACUGCAUCGAAACCAUACAAUCCGUUAGUGAAACAGAAAUUAUGAGUAGGCGACGAAAAUGCAACAAAUUGGUGGAAUCUGAGAAUGAGAGUGUGGAAGAGUUCAGCGAUGAAGAACACUGCAAUGAUGUGCUAAAAACUGCGGGGGCACAGAAUUUAUUUAACAACCCUGUAAUGGCAUUUCUCGCUACACUGAGCAGCAUAAUCUUCUGGUGCAUCUAUUGGUUGGCAAAGGCGCUGAUCGUGUUCACUGGCAUCUUUAUGAUUAUUACCUUCAUAUUUCCACAUAAAAUCGUUGGACUUCUCAACCGCUUUUUGGAUCAGCAGAAAGUUGAGCAGUACUUCAAGGAUGAGUUGUAGAUUGAGCUGAAAAUAAUUUUUUUCAGCAUUCAGAGUGUGAAUUUGGUAACUCUUCGAAUGAACAGAGUUUGAAGAAAUAGAGAGUGUGACAUCA